GCAGAUCGACCGCGGACGUUGACCGUAGACAUGCGCACUUCUGAGUUUAGCUGACGGUAAUUGGUUUGUUUUUUCAAGUCGUAUUUGUGAUUUACGAUAUUUUCACUAUUCCACGAACAGUAAAAUUAGUAGUUCAACGAACUCUUUCACUACCAGCGUUCAUGGAAUGUUUGGAACUGCACGGCGAUAGAAUAUCAGUCACAAUCGGUCAUCAGUAUCAUGUCUGUCAUUCUGGAAUAAUUUACAAUUGAGUACACACAUUUGGAAAUUAUACCAUUAAAUUAAAACAUACAACGGGAUAAUGUUCGGAAUGCAAUGUAUGAUCGGUCGACUAUUGUCCUGUUCAAAAUACACACGAUGCACCUCGACUGUGUUCAGAAAACCAGUGAUUGUGACCACUGAAAUUCAACACCGCACCACUCAGACGCAGCAUAAAGAGGACGCCCUUACGACUGCAGAUGAAAGGCUUGUCCAAAGACUGUACGAAGGUGUUGUGGCGAAAAAAAGAGCCAGCCUUGCUGAAGCCAUAACUCUGGUAGAAUCAGUCAGUCGAAAAAAACGUGCACUGGCCGAAGUUCUUCUUACUGAUAUAUUGGGAUAUCUUAGGAAAAAAGAACAACAAAAUGACGGAAAGCCAACUUCCUUCCGAGCAGGGUUGACAGGGCCACCAGGUGCUGGUAAAUCAUCCUUUAUAGAAUGUUUUGGUAAAUAUUUAACAGGAAUGGGUCAUAAAGUAGCCGUCCUGGCUGUGGACCCAUCAUCUUCAUCAACUGGCGGAUCGUUACUUGGUGAUAAAACUAGAAUGAUAGAAUUAUCACGUGAUAUGAAUGCUUACAUUCGACCCUCACCCACUAGUGGCAAUAUGGGCGGAGUCACCAGAAGUACCAAUGAAGCUAUAUUGCUAUGUGAAGCGGCUGGCUAUGACGUUGUACUUGUUGAAACAGUUGGCGUUGGGCAAUCCGAGUACGCUGUUGCUGAUAUGGUAGAUAUGUUUGUUUUGUUGAUACCCCCUGGUGGCGGAGACGAACUACAAGGCAUCAAGAAAGGAAUCGUAGAGAUGGCCGACCUGAUUGUGGUAAACAAAGCCGAUGGUGAUUUGUACAUACCAGCAAAGCAAAUACAAACUGAGUAUAUCAGUGCUGUGAAAUUGUUACGUAAGAAAUCACGGAAUUGGAACCCACAGGUGUUAAAAGCAUCAUCGAAAAAGAAAGACGGGUUACCCGAAGUGUGGGAUGUGAUGACAGAGUUUUACAAGACCAUGGUGACGACUGGCGAGAUGAAGAACCGACGUGCUGUGCAACACAAAAUAUGGAUGUGGAACCACAUCAAAGACAACAUCCUAAAGUUGUUUAAAAAUCACCCCGCUGUAAAACCUCAAAUAGCCUCACUCGAAUCCAAAGUGGCUAAAGCGGUAAUAACCCCUGGAUUAGCCGCAGACGUUUUGUUGAACGAAUUUGUCAAGUCAACUCAGACUGAUGACAAGUCUAAAAGUUAAUGAAGUAGAAGUUUCCUUCAAUUUUUGCAUGUCAGUUAAUAUUAUUUUAAUAGGUAAUGUAACGAUAAUGAGUUAAACAACAUCAAUACCACAAAUGUGAAAAAUCACUUGCUGAUGAAAUAACAAAAUCAUGAGUUCUUACAAAAUUUAGUUAUUAUUUUCUGUAAUCCAAAAACUAGUCUACAUGAGUCUUCUUUUGAUCUUCUAAACUAUAUUUCUUUUCUAUGUUCAUAAUUAGAUUUAUUCUGAUUAUAUAAAAAUCCCAUUAUUGGUUAACAUCACCUACAUCAUACCAAGCAACUACACAAAUUUCAUUCAAGUCUCGUAGAAUUAGCAACCAAAUGAAUAUCAUGUUGCAGAUUACAUUCUAGUAAGGCACACUUAAAUUGCCUGAAGAGAAUUUGCAUACUCAUGUAAUUUGAGGCGAUGUAAACUGGUGAUUGACACAUUGGAUGUUAAUUUAUUGUCUGGUUAUUGUAACAUGUAUGUUAAUUUAGGAAUGGAACAUCUUGUUCAUCACCAGUCCAUAAACUUGUCACUUUUGUCAAUUACUGUAGAAUACUUUAUUUUCGCUUGGAAUUUAUUUUUCUAUUUUCGUUGAAGGGAUGAAAAUAAAAUCCAUCAAAUAUACAUUUUUUCCUAUAUUUCACAUUAAACUCAUCAAAAAUCAGUGAAAAUAAAUUCCAUACAAAAUGCCCCAAAAGCCUUUUCAGCGAAAAUUAAUUCCAGCGAAAAUAAAGUAUUCCACAGUAAACCAGUGUCAAAUGUUGGACUUUUCUUCAAACAUUUAGAGCCUAUAACCGAUGAGUCAAUAGUACACAAGUCAAAUGUUUUGCUUCUUUGGUACAAACUGUGUAUUAUUGAUGGGCUUUUUGUAUUUUUCAGAAAUGUGUGAUGAUCCCCUCAAUUUAGGAAAGUCAAAGUUCACUUGUUAUUGUGAUUUGUAUUUUUAUCGGCAAUGCAUGCUUGUCUUUAAAUCCAUUAUACCACUAGACAAAUAAUAUAGCACAGACUGAGAUAGUCAGCUCGUUCAGUUGAAGUACAGUGCCAGCUACAUGUUUAUGUUCAAAGAUAUGUCUACAUGUUUGUUUUUUCUUUAAAAUUUCAAAAAUAAUUAAUCAACCUAGAUUCAAAAUAGUUUCAAUCAAUACAUAUUCACACAUUGGUUUGUGUGUUCAAAUCGUAAUUUUAAGCAAUUGUAGAAUAAGAUCAGGCAGAUAGUUUGAAGAUGUGACAAAAACAACUCUGUAAGCAUGAGGUUAAAUCUGGUCUCAAGAUAUGCCAUAUUUUUACUGAAGGAACUGGUUGGUGCUACUUCAAUAUGCUUGAAUUUUUAGUUGCAUAAUUACCUACGCAACAAAAUUCAAAUCUGUAAAUGUGCUUAACCAUUAUAAUAAUAAUUCAUGCUGAUAAUUGCAUUUUGACCCCACCAAAUUUUUGGUGGACAAGUACUUUAACUGAAGAGCUACUGAUUUGACAUGGCCAUCACACCAAGAUGCAUAAAGAAGACCUUCCCAAAAUACCAUGCAUGACUAGUCCCCUUGGUAUCGCUAAGUUGUCUGGCUAGUCCCUCUGUCUUGAUCACAUUAUAUUUCAAAAACUUGAAUCAAAUGUUCCACUUUUAUUUCAGCAGGAAAUACCAAUAUAUAUAACUGAUGUUAGUUCGAAAUGUUCGCUGAACUUUCAAAAUAUCAAUGUUUCAGUCAAUGUGUAUGAAUAUCCAGAAUAUUCAACAAAUUCUAUUGAAAUAUUCAGCAGUCAAGUGGCAUUAUUUACACAAAAUAUCGUACUGAUUGUUGCAUUAGAUAUAUAAUAAUUUUAUUAUAUUAAUACUGUUUAUAUUUUUUUAAUUUGAAAGGCCUGUGAUUGGCUGAAUCUGUCUGCAUUUACUUGUUAGCAUGACAAAUGAGAGACUAGACUGAAAAAUGAAGAGAUUAAGUGUUAUCCCAGAGUCAUCUGAUAAAAGUCCUUAAUUUCAAGAUAGAAAUCUUAUUUACAACUUGUGUGUGCACAAGUCUUGAUAAUCAAAUUAAUAUUGAUGCCGACACAAAUUUAGAUGUACAUCUUCUCAACCAAAUUAGAAAAACUGUGCAAUAAUUUAUCCAGAUAUUACACAAUCAUAAUUAAUUCCCUUAAUAAAUUUAACUUCAUUUUAGAGUCCUUAUACUGCUGAAUGGAAUUGGAAGAGUUGCUGGAUCAACGUUAUUGACGAGUUCCCAAUAUGCCAAUUUAAAUUACAAUAUAGUAAAGUCAUGUUUGUGGGGCCACUUUGUGUGUGUGUGUGUGUGUGUGUGAGGGGGCACAUAAUGCCAAUGAUUUGUCUUUAAUAGACCAUUUUUUCGUUCACUGCGAGAACACGUGUCAUGCAUGAAAUUGCGUUGUAGUGACGUCAUGUGGGACAAAAAAAUCACCUAUUGCAGUGAUGUCAACUAAGUCUAGAAAAAAAAGAAAAUGCACCUCGCGUUUUUUCUGCUAUUUUGCAUACUUACCGUGAA